AUGUCUGAUUACGUUCGUCUUGAGGCGGGAAGCGAGGUGCUUGACUUGUUAGGACUGCGGUCCUUCAAAGCCGCGCACAUCGCCAACGUGUCGCGGGCGGCGCCAUCGGAGGGCGACUCUGCGCGACGUGACAUGUUUUAUCAUCCGGCAGCAUUUGUCAUCGAUAAAUCGGAGUUAAUCUGCCUUCAGCUAUGUGCCUUAUUGCAGGGCGACGAAUGCUGCGCAGAGUCAGUGCGAAGCGAAACCGCUUGCCGACUGUGA